CUCUGGGGCAAGCUGGGCAGGCGCGCAACUUGGGCUUCGGCGAGGCCGCUCUGUGGCAAGAGGCGCAAAGAAUAAAGUAGCGAUCAUGCCGGGCAGCGAUACCGCCCUAGCUGUGGACAGGACUUACUCGGACCCGGAGAGGCACCGGCGCUUCAAGACCCGGGUAGAAAGACAUGACAUGAAUACUCUCAGCUUGCCUCUUAACAUUCGGCGUGGGGGUUCAGACACUAACCUCAACUUUGAUGUACCUGAUGGUGUAUUUGAAUUUCAAAAAGUAAAACUCAGCGCAGACAGCUUAAAACAAAAGAUUUUGAAAAUCACAGAACAGAUCAAAAUAGAACAGACAGCUCGGGAUGGGAAUGUGGCAGAAUAUUUAAAGCUGGUGAACAGUGCAGACAAGCAGCAAGCGGGGCGAAUUAAACAAGUCUUUGAAAAGAAGAACCAAAAGUCUGCCCACUCCAUUGCCCAACUGCAGAAGAAACUGGAACAAUAUCACAGAAAGCUCAAGGACCUUGAACAAAAUGGUUCCUCCAAAAGUACCAAGGAUACUUCCAAGGACAGCCUAAAGGAAAUACAGCACUCUUUAAAGGAUCCUCAUGGAAAAUCUCGUAUUACUGGCCACAGCAGUGAAAGCAAGGCAGGCGUUCCAGGUGUCUCCUUAACGCCCCCAGUGUUUGUAUUCAGCAAAUCAAGAGAGUUUGCAAACUUGAUCCGGAAUAAGUUUGGUAGUGCUGACAAUAUUGCUCACCUAAAGAGUAGCUUGGAUGACUUCAGGCCUGAAACUAAUUCUAGGGCAUAUGGUGGCAGUGCUACUAUUGUGGCCAAGCCAAAAUAUGCAAGUGAUGAUGAGUGCUCAAGUGGAACAUCUGGCUCUGCAGACAGUAAUGGAAACCAAUCCUUUGGUCAUGCUGGGACAAACGCUCUGAUCAGCCACGGAAAGCUUUCCAUGAUUUUGGAGGAGCUGGGACAAAUAAAGGAAGCACAAUCCCAAUUAGCAGAGGAUAUAGAGAAUUUAAAAGUGCAGUUCAAAAGAGACUAUGGCUUUAUUUCUCAAACACUGCAGGAGGAAAGAUACAGGUAUGAACGAUUAGAAGACCAGCUGAACGAUCUAACGGACCUCCAUCAGCAUGAAACAGCCAACUUGAAACAAGAGCUAGCUAGUAUUGAAGAAAAGGUAGCAUAUCAGGCCUACGAGCGGUCACGAGAUGUCCAGGAAGCCUUGGAAUCUUGCCAGACCCGUGUUUCGAAACUAGAGAUUCAUCAACAAGAACAGCAAGCCCUGCAGUCAGAAACUGUUAAUGCCAAAGUGCUACUUGGGAAGUGUAUAAAUGUAGUCUUGGCCUUUAUGACUGUCAUCCUAGUGUGUGUUUCGACUAUAGCAAAGUUUAUUGCUCCUAUGAUGAGGAGCCGUUUCCAUAUUAUCUGCACUUUUUCUGCGGUGACUGUCCUUGCAAUUUUAUGCAAAAACUGGGAUCACAUUGUCUGUGCCAUAGAAAAGAUGAUUAUACCAAGAUGAAUCUACAAAUCCAGAGCUUUUCUAUUUUUAAUAUAAGAAAUACUUCUAAACAAAGAUCUUUAAUUUUGCAGUGUAACUGUGCCGACUAGAUUAGGAAUUUCUGGCUGGAAUAUGAAUAUGUAAGGUCACUCCCUGGCUGGUGAUCAGUUGCACUGCAUGGAAUGAACUGAAUUUGUUAUAAAUUUGUUACUUAUGUAAAUCUUUUUGCCUUAAUCUAAUCAACUGUUCUAGGAGGGGUGUAGAAUAAGAAACAACAGUCCUAGUUGGGAGAGUCAUGUACUAAUAUAUGGUAAUUACAUCAUUUCACCUUUUAAAUAACUAGUUUCUCACCCCUUUAUAGAACAUAUGCAAAUAAUAAACUGAGUUCAAAACACCUUGGGAAAGACUAGCUAUGUUUUUUGUAUUGCCCAAUUACCACCAUCUAAUAAGCAGAAUCUGUGAUGGAUUUUGGUAUUUCUUGGGAUAUUAUUGAUGUCGGCCCAAGAAUUGACGAGUAUUCUUGCUUAACUGUUUCUGGAGAGUUCUUGCCUUACAACUAAGUUAAUAUUCUCUUCUGAAUUUUUUGAACUUAAAAUAUAUAAAUGGCUGACUUGUGUUGAAUGAAUGAUGAUCUGUCAAAACUAUUGUAUAUCAAAGAAAUUUCCAUGCAUUUUAGGGAAAUCUCUGUGGCCUAAAAGGAAUACCAUUUUGACAGAAAUGCAGAAUAAGAGAAAUGGUAGUCCUGCGGUGUUGGGUAUUGUGACCAUACCAAAGCCCUUUUCAAGUGUUAUUUUUGACUGUGUGAACAGGGAGAAUGCACUACACAUGAUCUUUCCAAUAUAUGGCAUUUGGUCUAAAAGUGGUAACAUCCAUAUAUUCUAGCUUUGGAGCAUGUGAACCAGAAUUGUGUUCCGACUUCUGGUAUGCAUAUACUAUAGCUGGAAGUACGUGCAUUUCCCCUUUCAGACAAAAUGGUAUCACACGUAUCAGAAGAAUUGUGUGUAGCACGUUCUCACCAUACACAUAGUCAGAGGCAAUUCCUGAAAAGGGCUCUGGUGUGCAAUGACGUGUAUAGAAAAAACAAAAUGAGUGGAGUAGUACAACCAGCUUUAAACUUACAACCAUUUUGGUUUUGUUCUUUUUUCCAUGCCCUUUAAUGCACUCCAGCUCAGUGCUCUCUUCCUCCUAGCUACCUACAGAUCAACCAACUCACCUGUCAGCAUUUUUCUGACGUUGACUACUGUUGUUGUCCUACCAACAUCCAGCUAUGGCAGGGUGAUAUUCUCAAAUCUACAGUAACACCGCUAUCACUGUGAAAUUUGUAUUAAAAUAAAACUUCAUGUUAAAGAACCACUUGUAUACGAUAGUUCAAUAAAUCUGAUGAGGAGUAAUCAGAUGGAAUAUUAUACUAGUGUAUGUGUUGGAGUAUAAGGGUUUUUUUAAAGAUGAAAGUGCAUCUGCUUAUUUCUUAAUCUUGGUUAGGGGGACAAUUAUAACAUCAUUUGCCUAUGUUAAUUGGCUUGAAUCCUAUUCAACCAACAUACUGCUAUCCUGUUGUGCAUUUCCCAUUUAUUUCAGUGAAGCUUACAUGAGAAAUUCCUGGUGGGUUGUGUUUCUAAAGCACUUCUAGAUGAAGAGCUCUGCUGGUGGAAGUGCUUCUGUAAUGGAAGGGUAAAGAGGAGCUUUGCCGCCACAGAUAGUUGAAGAAAAGAUUACUUAUUUUAAAUUGUGGGGACAUCUGCUUUUGGUUGUCAAAGCAGGGGAAUGUGCAAAUUUUGAAAAAGGAACUUGGUUUUUUAAGUUGGUAUUUAGAAUGGUACAGCUUAAAUGGCACAGCUAAAUUAGUGAAGCUCCAGGUAGCAUCAGCCACCAUCCAGUAGGUGCUUGUGAUGCUACAACAACCUCCAUUCUCAGAUAAAGUGCACUUGCUAGUCAAAGUAUCAAAACUGCCCAGCAACUUCAGGUAUAACUAAAUAUUGCAUGCCAGUGCAGCUUAAAAAAAAACGUAAUGAUGUGAGUCUUUUCUUUAAAGCAUUAUAGGGAUGUGGCAGUUUGGAGCAGAGAAGUGCUGCGGUGGGGGAAAUGCUUGCCUCUUCCCAUACUGCUUCUCCCCAUCCCUGAGGCUGUUGUUCCAGACACAGAUUUGGAAUUCCCAGAGGUGGUGGCAGAAAGAGGCCUGGGGAAAAAGUGGAGGACGAGAGCAGCUGGCAAAGGAAUGUUAAUUUUUUUGCUCCAAAUUGUCCUUUCCCCAGAUACAUUGUAAUGAAGUGUUUUAUUAAACAUAUUUGUUCUAAACAAUACAUUCAUUUUGUUAUUCUCCAUGCUGGGAAACCAGCAAUGGCAGCCCUGGCAAUCAUCUAAAUGCCCACCUGGGAAAGCCCCAAAUCUGGAAGGUUGAUAGGCUUUUUCAGAAUUAAUAUCUUAUGAGGAUGUGCAUCUUUACAAUGUAAACAUCGGUAAUUUAAGUAACUUGUUAACAAAACAGCCUAACUCCACAGUGUCAAAAAUUAACUGUUUAUUUUUCUGUAAUCCAGAGGACAGUGGACCCAACAGGCACUUUGUUUUAAAACCUGCUACAUUUGAAUGUUAGUUCAGCCCUGUAAAACUCUGCAGAACCUCCACUUAACUGUCAAGUGUGGCAUAUAAACUAAACUGCCAUUAAAGUUAUACUGUCCUUUCACUGAGUUUUCAUAAACAGAAUGCUUUGCAAGUAAAGCAUGUAAAGUAAAGCAUUUAGAAGUUUCUAAAAGGGAGGAAACUAAACUGAAUGUCUGACUUCAAAUUGUAUCUUCUGUUGUUUUAACCAUAGUCCUUUUCUGCUUUUUUAAGAUUGUUGCUUCCUAAUGUUUUUGUCACAAUUAGAAGUUUUCUGGGUAAUUCCUAAUUGUUACAUUAGGAGUUUGUACCCUAUAAGUCCUUUUAAUUGUGAUUUUCAUCCUAAAUAUGUGGUUUGACCUUGAUUGAUGUUGUUGUCAAAGUACCCUUCUUAAACUACCAUUAUUCAUAGUGAUGGAUUAUGCACUGUCACUUGAGGAUUAACAUGCAAACUGAAUGUUAUUUUUUUUCUCAAGACUCCUGUGAAGCCUGUUCAGUAUAAAGGUAUUCAUUUGUUUUCCUUGGAUUUAGUCCAGAUCCUACACAUCCUUUCCCUUCAAAGGAUUUCCCUUGUUUUGAUUAGCAGACCUUGUGACGCAGCUUUGGAACAUCUUGGUUUUUCCUUCUGUUAAAAAAAGUGCUUUCCCAUCUUUAUUAAUCUAAACAGCAUUGUAAGUCAUCACUGUUGGGAUUUUCCAGCUCCUCUGUCAAAAAUUAUGCUUCACAUUAGAAAAGACUUUUCCACUGCGAAAAUUUUUUCUAAAGUACUAAUAGUUUUUAAAAUUCCUAAUUCUGGCUCUAGCUCAGUAACUUCUUAAGAAACUGACCCCCUCAAGUGCUGCAGCACUCUAAAUUUCUUAAUACAGAUGCACUGUUAAGAAUAGGGAUUUUUUUACUUUCUCCUAUUUUACAUGUGUAGUACAGCAGGAUGGCCUAUCUGAAAUUUAAAGUAUUCAUUAAAAAUUACAAAAUGUGGAGCCUAAUUGUUGGUAGCUGUCUCUUUGUAAACAAAACAAAUUAAAACUUUCUACCAUCUUCUUCCUAAUUCACCAAGUACUUUUACUACAACCCAUAAUUUAUUUUAGCCAUGCUUAUGCUGGAGCUGUGAUAAAACCUGUUAAAAUGAAGUUACACAGAAAGGCCUUGAAGUUGCAGGAUGACACAUCCCAGUAAGAAUUUUCUCCAUUCACACAUUCAUGAGAAUAAUUCCAAAUGUUAUCUCAUGGAUAGUAAAUAUUAUAUCAGAAUUCUCUCUACAUUUACUUGAAAUCUUAGAGUAACUGACAUCUUCUGUCCUUGGCUGCACCCUUGUUUGCCAAAAAACAGCUAACUGAAAUCGUUUUGAUGUCACCUCAACCUCUGCCAAAUCUAACUAUCCAAUAUUCACUAUGGAAGCCAACAAUGUUGAACAAGGAUAGCAUGUAAUCAGAACCAUAUCAAUAUAAUAUAUUGUUGUAUGGGGUGCACAGAAAUGGGAGAAAUGGGCCAUGUAUUAAAUGAAGCUACAUAUUCUAGAAACACGCAGGAAAAAAUGUAAGACCCACAGUGCACAAAAGACCAAGUUCCCAUAUUAAAACAAACAACUGCUACAACUGGCUGUACUUUUUUUGAAAUUGGCAUGUUUGAAAUCUGAACAUUCCAGUUUGAAGCCUAUAUAUUUUAUACCAAUUUCUCAGCCUAGAGGUUUUUUUGAUAUGAGAAUUCCAAAUGUAGGGGAAAAUAUGAGGAACCGAGUAGAACAUUAGCAGUUUAAUUGGGGGGGAAAGGAUGACAGAAGCCACUGAAGAGCGUGAUGACAACCCUCAAAACAAAUCAAGGUGACAUUGUAGCCAUUACCAAUGUGUUCAGCUUUACAGCUUUACUAAUUACCAGGCGUUCAGCUUUACAGAUUGUAAAUCUGGAAGGAUUCCAUGUCUAGUGACAGACUGUAAGUGACACUGGCAAAAGUCAAAACUGGUUUUGUUGAUAGUUGAGAAGCAUAAAAUCUUGAAGAGUAUUUUAGGUCCUAACAUCUUCAAACAAUCAAUAUAAUCUUGCCCCACUGGCAGUUUCUUGAAAUACGUUAAACAACAUGACUUGCCCAGGCUUAUUGGAGGGCCAAUGGGGGAAUCCUUACUUCUACUGGGUUGCAUAUGCAUCCCUAUCAACCCCCCUUCCAAAAACACUGGAAAUUGCUGUUCAUACUUUAGCAAGUGUAACACUGUGCAGCAAAUGGGUCACUUCCUUCAUCCUAAAAAUACAACAAAGAUAUCAGAUUAUAUUUAAUAAUGUGCUAAUUAAAGGCAUAGAUGAAUGAAGAGUCCAUUAUAUUAAUACUGUUGGAGGGAUGUGAUCAGAAUUUAGAGGUUAUAUGAUGCACACAAUUUAGUCAAAUUGACAAGUCAGAGUUAAUUGCACUUAAACUGAUUUAUUCCACUUGAUUUAAACGAGAAUGGAUCAAAACCAAGUGUUUUGACUUGCCCCUUAUCAUAAAUAUAUUUGCAAAAAAUGCUAAUAAUGCCAGUAGUACAUACAUGGUUGUAUUUACCACUUUUACUAGUUUGUAAAUUAACCUUUUUGUUUAAAAAAAAUCAGUGUUACUUUCCCAAAAUUUAAAGUUAAAAGCAUCAUAUAUCUACUCCAGUAUGGAUCUGAACAACUGGUACAGGUACUAGUUUGUUUCAAUCAAGUCUGCAUACAUUCAAGUCACCCAGAUAUCUCUGUAUAGAACUGUAAUAUAUUAUCACACACAUUAUUCUAGAGGGGUAGCCAUGUUAGUCUGUUGCAGCAAGAACAAAAAGGAUUAUUUUGAUACUUUAAAGUCUAAUGAUAGAAAGCUAAAAUAAAAAACUGGUUGUUUGAGGGGUACCACAUGGUUCCUAUUAGUUUUUACAUACCUUAUAUAGCAGUAAAUGCAUGUUUGUCACUGUAUGAACAUGAAACAAGCAACUAUAACCAGUCCCUUAAAUGUUUGCAAGACAGAAGUUCACUGAAAACAACUUAACUGAGGAAUCAAACUGAAGAAAAAAACCUGUCUCGUGAUAAAAAAAUAUUAAUCUGGAAUGUAUUAGGAUCUCCCUCUAUUUUUAUUAAACUGCUUUUGAAUCAGCUUUGAAGUUCUGUGGGGUUUGCAAACAUACUGGUUACAUCUACACAUUUUAUGUGUAUAGGUAAAUGAACUUAUUUUCAAGCUAGUAUGGAAUCAAGACAAAUGAAGCUUGAAACUGCUAUAUAAUUUUCCCAGAACAAAAUUAUUCCAUGGGUGGUUACUGAAUGCUUGAAUCUUCAUUCACAUAACUUUGCCUUAUGUGUUUUGUCUUAGUCAUGGAAUUCAAUGGUGCUUUUUUAUGAGAUUCUUGCUGCUUUGCUAUUGAUGUUUAUAAGUGGGAGAUAUAAAACAUGCACAAAUUCUAAAUACUGUGGGUUGGAUUCAGAGUAACUUGAGUGGAGCUUCACUUACAGAAUGGAAAUUUCCCAUGACUCUUCUUCCUCUGAAAUUCUGAAUCACUGUCUCUGAGGGUGAAGAGACAACUCCCCUCCAGAAAGAGAGCAGGGUGUGAUGUGGAUGGAACUCUGUAGCAGGAGGGGCACAUCAGUGAAAGUUUUUACCUUCUGUCAGCUUUUGAUCCAACCCAUAAUUUACAUAUUGUAUAAGAUAGUUCUAUAAAGGGAAGCUACGAUUAAUCUACAGCACUGUGUGUGUGUGGUGUUAAAUGUGACUAUAGAAUGGGGGCUGUGCAAAGUAGAAUAAGUUGUGUUUACAUUUAAGUUAACCUUACAUUAGAACAAGUUAUAUUAUUUCAGGAAGAACACUGCAAAUUUCUGAAAUGUAUGUGGGAAUCUCUUAUCACACAUCAGUCCUAAUUUAGAGUCUGAUUCCCAGUAUGAAUUUGAAAACAUUGUACAUACUGUUUGCAUGGGGGCUGGUUGACUGUCCUGUAAAAUUUUAAUUUAUUGCAUAUGUUUGGUGGAUUAAGUUGUACCCCAAGUUGUCCUUCCUUUCCUUGUUUUCGUAAGACAAUGCCAAUGUGGAAAAAAUCUAUUUAAAAGUCUACUAACAGUCUAUCUACAUUGGAUGGAAAAUUUGUCUCAAUGUAUGUAACAUACAGUGUGUAAUCAUACCACUUUCAUUUUGUGUGGCACUGUGUAAAUAUGUGUGAUUAGCAUUCCUUACUGUGUUCUAUAUAUUUCAUAGGGCAAUCAUGAUUGCCUCAAGGAGCUCUUGACUUUUUAAAAAUAAAAGUUUUUAAAUUUC